AGCCUGCGGACACCCAGCAGAGCCGGGACAGGGCUGUUCGCAGUCUGCGGGGGACCCCCGACCCACCGCCAUGGGCCAGGGCAGGCUCCCGCCUCUGCUGGGGCUGGCCUGCUGCCUGCUGCUGCUGGGGAGCUCGAGGGGCCUGGGCAGCCGAGGGACGCCGCGGUGGCCGUGGGAAGAGGAGCAAGACCCCAUGGCAGAGGGGGAACCGUGGAGCAGGGCAAGGUACGAAGCCAUCAAGAAGCAUUUGGGAGCUGUGGGUGCUCUCUCCAAGCAGUAUUGGCAGUACCUGACAUGCAAAGUGUGGCCGGAGGGCUGUGAAGAGGAGGAGGAAGUGUCCAGUCCCAGCCCAGGCUGGGGCCUGCCUCUGGUGGGACAGGAUUACCUGGAGAUCCUCUCGGCCUGGUACUGCCGCUUCAGCGAGUGCUGCCAGACAGGAGACUGCAGGGUAGUCAACAAUAUCACAGGGCUAGCAGCAGACCUCAAUGGGCAGCUCCAUGGGCAGCACUUGGCCAAGGAAGUGGUCAUCCAGGCAGUGCAAGGGUUCGUACAGACCCCACAGCCAGAGAAGGCUCUGGUCCUCUCCUUCCAUGGUUGGUCUGGCACAGGCAAGAACUUUGUGGCUCGGAUGAUGGCCAGUCACCUGUACCGGGAUGGGCUGAAGAGCGAGUGUGUCAGGCUGUUCAUCUCGCUCUUGCACUUCCCCCAUCACAUGUAUGUGGAUUCAUACAAGGCUCAGCUGAGGAAUCAUAUCAGUGAGACUGUGCAGCGCUGCAAGCAGCCCCUGUUCAUCUUCGACGAGGCAGAGAAACUUCAUUUCAGCCUUCUGGAUGCCAUCAAGCCCUUCAUGGCUCACUAUGACAACAAGAGCAAGGUGGAUUACAGGAGAUCCAUCUUCCUGUUCCUCAGCAAUCUCGGCGGCAACACCAUCAAUGAGGUAGCCCUGGACUUCUGGCGAGCUGGCCGGGCACGGGAGGAGAUCUCCAUGGAGCUCCUGGAGCAGCGGCUGCGGCUGGAGCUGCAGGAGCCUGCAGAGAAUGGUUAUGCCCACAGCCACCUCCUCAAAGAGAACCUCAUUGAUUUCUUCGUGCCAUUCCUGCCCCUGGAGUACCACCACGUGAAGCUCUGCGCGCGGGAUGCUUUCCUGGCCAGGGGACUUCCAUACACAGAGGCAGCCCUCGAUGAGGUGGCCAGGAUGAUGGUGUUCGUGCCCAAAGAGGAGAAGCUUUUCUCUGCACAGGGCUGCAAAUCUGUAUCCCAGCGCAUCAAUUACUUCCUUCCCUGAACCCCAGAAAAGAAUCUUCCGCUGUUCAGGUUAGGCUGGUGCUGCUUGGAGGGGAAAUCUCUCGGGCAGCUGUUCCACCAGGGCAGGGCUGGCAUGAAGCUGGCAUGUUGAGCAGUUCUUACUCCAUUACUGGUGGUAUUGCUAAUGGGGGCAACUCUCACACUUGACCACACAAGGCCCUGCACUCUGCAAGGUCACGCAGGGAUGUUUCAGAGGUAAGCAAUUAUGUACCCAGCAGUGAGACCACUCUCCUCUGACCACUCCAUGGCAACACUAAGCUUGAUUUUACAGGCAUAAAUAAAGCUACUGCUUUUCUCUGUGAUCUCGUAGAAUUAAACUAUCUUUUCUACCCAAACCAACAAACUUCAGGUUAGUACUGAGCAGCUUCAAAUAUUCCUUAGGAAAAACAUGUUUUUUUGCCAAUAAAAUAUUGCAACCUUUAUUUAAAACAAAAUGCAAAUUGGCAAAACUUCGUGGAACAACAGGCAAAGAGGCCCUUCAAAGAGCCUUAUUUACAUCAAGUUUAACACUGUUCGCAGUUCACAGUCAGACGAUAGUGAGAGAAUUAAAUUAGAAAAACAACCAAAAUAUAUUACAAUAACAAUAAAAACAAAAAACAGUUGACAACACUG